AUGGCUGAAAUAGGAGAGGAAAUAACAAUAAAAAGAAAGAAAUAAUAUGGAUUAUGUUCUAAAUUAUGGUGUCUAAGAUGUAUGAAUUGUUGUAAAGUAUAAAUUUAUUUAAUGAUAUAUUUUUACUAUUUUAGGCUGAUGAUGUUUCAAUUUUAACAUCAAGAAAUAGAAAAGAGUUGUCUGUUAAAUUAAUGGCAAAAUAUUAGAAUGCAAUUUAAUUGGUAUUGAUUAAUCAUUAAAUAUUCAGAAUCCAGAAGAAAUUCAAGUUUUGGAUGUUCUUAUUUUAUUGUAUACUUUAGAUGAGAAAUCUUGGGCCUAUCAAUAUUUAUAUUAAUGUAAAUUGAUUUCAAAUGAUGAGAGUCCAAGAAAUGAUUUAGAAUUUUAUAUUCCUUAAUUGAUGAAUUAUUUAGUAUUUCAUGAAGAAAUGUUGAAUGUAAAAAUAUUUAUUAAAUUUAGGAAAAUAUAAGUUAAUUUAUACUUACUUCAUGUAUUCAUAAUUUCUAUUUUGCAUAAUUGGUAUAUUGGACACUUUAUUCAAUAAGUGCAAUUAUAUUUAACAACUAAGUAACAGAAUUUUAAAAGUAAUUAUAUAGAUAUAUGAAAUAGAGUAAAAUUAUAUUUACAAAAUCUAAUUAAAAGAAUGGUAUUGAAUCAUGAAACAAAUUAUGAAAUAAAAGAAUAAGAUGAAAAAAUAAAAGAAUUGAUUUCUACUUAUGGUACACCAUAAUUUGAUUAAAAUUCUUUAAAAUGUUUAAUAUUACCUGAACAUAUAUAAUUGUCAAAAUAUAUUCCUUUAGAUUAAUAAGAAGGGUAUGAUUUUAUGUCAUGUAUUAAUUUUUGGAAUGAUAUCAUUUCUAUUUCAGAUAAAUUAAAAUUUGCUGAUCCUAAAAUAAUAUCUUUACGAGCUGAUUUAUCAUUAAUAAACACUAGAUUACCUGCUAAUGUAUAUAUUCCAUUUGUAAAAGGUAUAAUUAAUAUAUAUAUAUAUAUAAGAUCAAUUGAGACAUUAUACAAUUUUAAAUAUUGUUGUUUAAGAAACAAAGAUCUUUUCAACUAAAGAAAGAGCUCCUUUUUAUAUUUGUUUAGAAGUAUAUAAUGUUGAAAAAGAAGAAAGUAAAUUUGAAGAUAAAAGAGAAAGAAAGAAUUCAGAAUUUAAUGUUGAAUUGUCUAUGUUAAGUGAUUUUAAAAGUCAAUCUAAUUUAGCUAUGUCUUAGGUGUCAAAUUAAAGUUUAGGUGUUUGUAAAUAAAUAUUUAUAUAAAUUAGCUGAAUGUUAUGAAAUAGAAUUAAGUAAAAAAGAAGAUUAAAAGAAAACAAAUAAUGUAGUAUUAGAUUUUGAGAAAAUUGGAUAGGAAAUUUUUGGUGAAGAUUCUAAUUAAAUAAGUGAAAGAAUUAGAUAAUAAUCUCCUUAUAGUCAUUUCAGAUCUUGGAGAUUAGUUCAUUUAAUUGUUAAAACUGGUGAUAAUUUAAAAUAAGAACAAUUUGCACUUUAAUUAAUCAAUUAAUUUUAAAUGAUAUUCUAAAAAGAAAGAUUACCAUUAAAACUAACAACAUAUGAUAUUUAAUCUUUAGGACCUAGUUCAGGUAUUAUGGAAAUGGUUAAAGAUGCAGCAACAAUAGAUUCACUUAAAAAGAAAUUAAAUUCUAUUGAUAAAGAUAUUACUUUAAGUCUUUUUUUCAAAAAAUAUUAUGGAUCUAAUUUACAUAAGGCUUAAAGAAAUUUUUGUUGUAGUUUAGCUGCUUAUAGUUUAAUUUGUUAUUUUUUAUAAAUAAAAGAUAGACACAAUGGAAAUAUUUUAUUACAUAAAUCUGGUAAAAUCUUACAUAUUGAUUUUGGAUUUUUUAUUAGUAUAUCACCAGGAAAAGGAUUGGAAUUUGAAAAAAAUGUACCAUUUAAAUUACUCUCUGAAUAUAUUGAUGUUUUGGGAGGAACUAAAUCUGAAAUGUUUAAUCUUUUUAGAAAAUUAUUUUUUAAAGGAUUUGUUGCUUGUUAGAAACAUUAAGAUUAAAUUCUAUUACUUGUUAAAAUGAUGUAUAGUGGACAUGGAUAUACAUUACCAUGUUUUAGUAAAGGUGAAAGUGCUAUACAUGAACUUGAAUCAAGAUUUAAUCCAGCUUGUUCAAAUGAUGGAGAAAUUUCAGUAUUUACUUAGAAGUAAAAAAAUAUCUUAUAUAAUUAUUUAGUUUAAUCAAUUAAUCUCUUGAUAAUUGGAGAGCAAAGUGGUAUGAUAAAUUUUAAUAUUACUUUUAAGGAAUAUUUUAUUGA